AUGGUCCGUUCGAAACGGGUCGAUCGCAUCCGGGAAUGUUUCCGCGCACUUUCCCGAAGUCCGGAAGAGGAGCGAAGAUGCGAUCGAUCGACUCUUCCCGGACGCAUCGGCGUCGGCCGUGAAAAAAUCGGAACGACCGGGAACGCGACGGACGCUGCCAGACGAACGCGAUUCCUGGUCCCGUUUCUUCCGGAACGUCGAAAGACGCCGAGGGGGAACGGCCGGACCCGAGAAAAACCCCGAGAACUCGCAAUCGCCGGCGCGUUCCGCAUUCGCGAUCGCAUCGCGUCGUCUCCUCUUUCGAGGUCGAUCGAGAAAGAGCACGAGAUUCCCGAUCCGUGCUUCCUGUCCGCGUGCCUCCUGCAAGCCGGGAAGGACAAGUCGACCGGAGAGUACGGAUCCCCGCUGUACGUGCAACUGAAGGAGGCGUCUUGCACCAGUCCGAACGUGGGAGACGCGAGCGGGACGGAGGGAGAAGGCGAAGGCGAAGGAGAAGGGGAAGGAGAACGAGGGGUGCACAAGGACGCCGGAGCGAAGGCGAAAGCGAAAGGGGAUCUGCCCUUGCACCCGAAGCUCGCGAACGUCUCCGUCGCCCUGGAGAUGAAGGCACUCUGGGAUCAGUUCAACGAUCUCGGCACCGAGAUGAUCGUCACCAAGGCCGGCAGACGUCACCGAACGAACGACGGGGCCUCUCCUUCGCGUCGGUCCCCUCUCCGAGCGAAACGCGCCGGCAUCGUCGGGGGACGAACGGGUCGGAUCGUCGACGAGGAGAUCGGAGACUCUUCCCGUCUCGUCGGUGGGAAUCGUCGAACGGGAUGCGAGACGUCCGUCGUAGGAUUCGGAGAGCGAAAGAUUCCAAGGACCUGCAACGGCCCUACCGAAACGCGAUCGAGAAUCGACGAACGUGGAGGUGGCACGGUGACGACGCCAAAGAGGGCGUCGUCUCUCGGUCCCCCGGUCGCGCUUCCGCACCUCACUCCAUGCGUCUGCACGAGCGACCGACCGAACGCUCGUUCGCGCUCGCGAGAUCCGAUCGGGCCGACCCGACGUCGAGUCGAGGAGCCUCGGCACCGAUGGAAACGGCGAUUCGUCUUCGAGACGGCCUUCCUCCGGAUCCCGACGGGAGACGUUCGCGACUUUCGAUCGGAUUCCGAAGGAGAAGAGUGCAGGAUUCGAGUCGAGUCGCGGGAUUCGCUCUCGCGCCGCGCGUAA